GUAUCGAAGGGCGGCCUGAUUUGCUCGUUUUUAUAUGAAAAGACCUCGUAGCUUUGACCUCCCAGAGUGAAAUUUCAAGUCGUAACCCCGCCUGGCUUCUGAGGGCGACUCGAUGAUGGAAGGUGCCCGCGUGACGAGAUGGAGAAGGCUCUGUCAAAUCCUCUUAGUAAUCAUGGCUAACGUACGACCAAGUUCUGGCAACAGCACAUUCCCUGAGUUUCAGCAUCAAGAGGCUGUAUCAAGUCUUGCUAUCAGUCAGAACAAUUUUACAAGGGAUAUGUAUGUAAAACUUGCCAAGGAAAACAGUGGAAACCUCUUCUUUUCCCCAUUCAGUAUUAUUUCGGCACUUGGAAUGACACUGGGAGGUGCUCGAGGCAACACCAAAGCUGAAAUGCACAAGGUGCUUCAUCUGGAAGAUAAUGACUCAAUCCAUGAUGCCUUCAGUGACAUAAUUGCAGACAUCAAGACAGAAGUCCCCGAGUACGAACUUCAAACUGCCAAUAUGGUAUACGUAUCUGAUCAGUUGAAAGUGCUGGAUGAAUACAUGGAAUUGUUGACCCAGAAGUAUAUGAGUUCUGCAGAGACUGUAGAUUUCAAUCAAGAGGCAGAGGUUCGAGGCAAGAUCAACGGUGCUGUAGAAGACGCCACUAAGUCUCGCAUCAAGGAUCUAAUCCCCCCAGGAAUCCUUGACUCCUUAACAAGAAUGGUUCUUGUGAAUGCAGUGUACUUCAAAGGUCUUUGGGAACAUCAGUUCAGUAAGGAGAGCACCUAUGAUGAGGAUUUCUGGACUUCAGCAUCAUCAAGUGUGAAGGUCCCCAUGAUGCACAUAAAGAAGAAAUUUGGCUAUUCUGUCAAUGACGAACUAGGGGCAUCUCUGUUGAGGAUGAAUUAUCAGGGAUCAAGACUGAGUAUGGUUAUUGUAUUGCCCAAUGAACGAGAUGGCCUUGCUGCACUAGAAGAGAAAUUAGCCACCGCUGACUUGAAUGAACUUGAUAAACGAAUGUAUAAUGUAGAAGUAGAGGUUACUUUACCAAAAUUUAAGCUUGAGGAAUCACUGGACCUUGGGGAUCAUUUGUCUGGUAUGGGAAUGGUUGAUCUGUUUUCUGAAAAAGAUGCAGAUCUCUCUGGCAUUAGUGGAAAUAAAGAUCUUUUUGUAUCCAAAGUUUUACAUAAAGCUUUUCUGGAAGUAAAUGAAGAAGGCUCUGAAGCUGCUGCUGCCACUGGUCUGGUUGCAAACACAAGGAUGAUGAUGCGGACUUCUCAAUUUGUUGCGGAUCAUCCAUUUAUGUUCUACAUUCGCGAUAAUUGCUCUAAACUUGUGUAUUUUGCAGGCAAACUUGUUAAUCCUUAAUCACUUCUGGGUUUUUUUAAGGUGCUGUAACACCUCAACCCAGCAGACAUCUGUACUAGUUCUUAUCUGAUACAAUACAUACCAUUUUGAUUAUUUUUUUCAUGCUACCAAUUUAGGUGAAAUACAUUUUGAGAUAUACCAUAUCUCUUAAAUUGAAUGUUAAGUGUCAAGUACAAGCAAGUUGGGUUAUGAACUAUGUGGAAUUGCUAUUAGCUUUAAGAUAUCUAAAAAAUAUUCAAGUGCAUCCUAUGAUUAAUAGGUUUUGUAUUAUUUAAAGGACUUUGUUAUACUGUACAUAGCAGAAAGGUCAGACCACCAGAGUUCCUGCAAAGUUGAGGUGCUACUGCUGUCAUGGACUAGGGAGUCAUGUUUUUCUAGAAAUAGCAUGCAGCAAGUAGUUUUUAUAAUCUUCGUUGACUACUCCACUUUAUCAUACUUCAUAUUCUGUGAACAUCAUUCAGUUGUUGAAUACUGUCAGGGAUUAAGUCACUGUUACCCUCAUAUACAUAUAAGCUAAAAAUAGAAGUCAUUGUUGUGAGAAUAACUUCUGUAUUCAACAGUUAGGCUGCAGUUGAAUUACUCAGGGUAAUAGUCCAUUUUAUAGUAGAAUUAGUACACUGCAGUAUAAUCUUGAUAUAAAUUUCUGCCUUAAAUAAGGAUCAAACCCAAUAUGCUCAAGUGAGGUGUAACUGUAUUGCUAUUGCCCACACUUGUGUGUAUAUUUACAGAAUUUUCUUCAGCUUAUAGUUCAUGCAUUUGUACCUAAUUCAUGAAAAAAUACUAUGCAGCUAUUUACUACAUAUUUACUAAAUAAUUCAUAAAAAAAAAAAAUACUACACAGCUAUUUACUACAUAUUUACUAAAUAAUUCAUGAAAAAAAUACUACACUGCUAUUACUAUUUACUACAUAUUUGCUAUUCUCCUUCCAUUUUAAUAUAUUUUUAUCUACAUAUUUAUUAAUAUAGUAUUUAUUUUUUAUUUUUAAUAAGCAAGAUAUCUUCUUUCUGGAUUUCUCCUUACCUCAUCUACUUCUUCCUUUUGAACACCAUAUUCUUUGGAAGCUUGAAUUUAUAGUCAACGGCUCCUUUGGUGCACUUAUUCCAUGUGAAUAGGGCUCAUCUUCUAAAUAAUAUUACAUAAUAACGCCCCGGAAUUAGGUGCCUGUAGCCAGGUCCAAGCAUUUGUACAUAAUUCAUAAAAAAAUAUUACACAGCUAGUGUAUUACUACUACAUUGACAAAUGCCAUGCAAAUACUAGAUGCCUUUUUCUUAAAAUGGAAUAUUGCUUCAAAGGUAAAUGGAGAAUAAUAUGUUUUUUGAAAAGGUUAAUUCAUAAAAAAACUUGACACACAUUUUACUUUUAUUAAAAUUUUGUGGUAUUUAUGUUCCUUUUCCAUGAAAUAUUAAUUUAAGCUAAUAGUAAAUAUGACUGGCAAGUUAAUGAAUGUAAAUCAUAUUUUUGUUGUCAUUUACUCUGUAAGCAUAAAGUUGCUUGAAAAUUAUUCACAAUAGAGAGGUUUUAUCAAUUGAGGCAUCCGGAGGUAAAGGGGCGACAUCGCCAAAUCAGACAUUUUGAGUUGGUCCUAGAAAAUUACAGAGAAAUCCAUUUUCUAUGAUUUCCUCAUACUGGCCAAGCAAUAUCGACCCUUAAAACCAUUGAACAGGGGAAUGGUAGUCCACAGGUUUUCCACAAUGUAUUUCUUGGUUCCAUGUUCUCCCUCUGGGAAAUAAAGGGCGAACAUGGCCAUGGUGUGCAAACCAAUGAGAAGCUCCCUUUCAUCCAGCCGUGUUUAUAGUUUCGCACUCAACCAACCACAGCCCGCAUAGCGCACCAGCACGGUAGUAUCAAAUGACUGACACCCAUGUGGAGGAACAAAGUGAUUUCUCUUCUAUUUUUGCCAUUAUUUUGGUGGUUUUACAUUGUGAAAAUGUCAUCUAGUGAUAGUGAAGUGGAGUACAAAGUCCCAAGAUUACAAGGAUCCAAGUGUUUGUAGAAAUUAUUUGACAAUAUCUCUUAAUCAUUUACAUUGGGAACCAAGGGAAAAAAUACUGUAAAUGUGUGGCAUGUUAAAAUUGCCAAUCUAUAAAAACACAUAAAAUUUUUUGUUUUGGGAUUUACAAUGAAAUGGCUCCGUGUAUUUAUGUGAACAAAGAAGUUUAAAAAUGUAAAAAAAAAUUGAGUUUUCCUAUUUUCAUAACUGUUUUGCAUACUGGGCUAUGCAAAUUUUUAUAUGCAGAAGCCAGGUACUAUGUCGUACCUCUCAGUAAAUGGGGAUACAAUCCACAAUGAAGUAAAAUCCUCUUGUAGUUUAAAAUAUAUAUUUCUUGUAUAGGAUUAAAGCUUUCGACCAUCAACUGUGGUCUUGUUCACUAAAAUGUAAUAUAUAUAUUUUAAACUACAAGAGGAUUUUACUUCAUUGUGGAUUGUAUCCCCAAAUUUUUAUAUGUUAUGAUUUUUUUUUCCGACACAACGAUAUUGUUUUUUCAUUUUUUUGUAUAUGGCUAGGCAAGACAAGUAAAAUAUACAUAUAAACAUGGAUGUAGUAAGUCAAGAGAAAUGUCCGCUAUUGAUAGUUCAACUUUGAACACAUUUUACUCAAAAUCAGGUUUUGGUGAUGUGCCCCUUGACCUCCGGAUGCCUCAAUUAUUACACUGCUUAGGGUUUAUUUUGAUUUCCUGUGCUUAUUAGUAUUAUGUUACAGCACUUAGCUGCAGCUUUGUCUUAUAAGCAUGUGACAUAUUCGCCCCAUUAUUUUUCAACAGUGUGAUAUAUUUUGCUUUAUGUUCUCUAGUCAGAAAUUUUUAUUUGCUUAAUUGAAUGUCAGAUGGUUUCUCAUGUUUCAUUUUUGGUAAAGGUUAUUAUAUUUUUGUUUUGUGUUUGAUGAAUAGAUGAGAGAGUUUUCAUCCAAUUAUUAGGAGUAAGGUGUCCUUGACUAUUAGUCGAGGUUUUGGGGUUGUUAUGUGCUAUUAAACUGCUGUACAGUAAGGUCUUGUAAAAGUCUGCAAAACUGUUGUACAAGUUUGGUAUUUAAACAAAUAGUCUACAGCAUUGCACAUAAAAUAAGAUAUCUUAAGUUUUUCCUCUUUCAGCAUGAGUAAAAUAAACUGUAUCAGAAUUACA